AGUUAUUUAGCAGAUGUGAUAGAGUGACUGUUUACACUGUGUCUGUCAGGCUGCUGAUGAAAGUCACUCAUAUAACAUUACUUUAUUGAGAAACCAUUUGUGGAAAGUUGAUCAAACGGAUUAACGUGAGAAGGACAACAGCUGAUGUGAAACUAAGGUAAAUUGGAGUCACUUAGAAGAAAUAAUGAAGAUAAGAGGACCUUUGUACAUGAAGCACUCAUACAACUCCCACUUGAAUUUUGAUAUGAGUGGUGACAUCUGACUGGCUGAUUGAGAGGAUGAAGUGACUGAUGCCUUCUGUGAUUUCAUCAUAAAGCCAAACACAAACAAGAGGAGCAGCAAUGAGUUUUGAAGCAACCGAGCACCAACAUGUGAGGUUCAACCCUCUCUCUGGCAACUGGGUACUUGUGUGUCCACACCGCAUGAAGAGGCCAUGGGCUGGCCAAGUCGAGAAACCUACUGAGGAGAAUAUUCCUGCCCAUGACCCCAUGAAUCCUCUGUGUCCCAGGGUUACUCGACCAAAUGGUCAGAUCAACCCAGAUUAUGAGUCAACGUUUGUCUUCACCAAUGACUUUCCGGCGCUAUUGGAAGAGGUGCCGUCACCCCCAGAGAGCGAUGACCCAUUGUUCCGUGCAAGCCAAGCUCGAGGGACAUGCCGGGUCAUGUGCUUCCACCCUCACACAAACAUUACUCUGCCACUCAUGUCCCAAGAGGAAAUCAGAGCUGUUGUAAAUCAGUGGGUGAUGGAAAUGGAAGAGCUGGGCAAGAAAUACAUAUGGGUGCAGAUCUUUGAAAAUAAGGGAGCUGUCAUGGGCUGCUCUAAUCCUCAUCCACAUUGUCAGAUUUGGGCAUCAUCCUUUAUGCCCAAUGAGCCACACUUGAAGGACACAAACCAAAGGCAGUACUUCUUGGAGCAUGGAACACCAAUGCUGAUGGACUAUGUGGCCAGGGAGCUGGAGAAAAAGGAUCGAUUGGUGGUAACAAAUAGCCACUGGGUGGUAGUUGUUCCAUACUGGGCAGUGUGGCCAUAUGAGACUAUGAUUCUUCCUCGGCGUCAUGUUACCCGCAUGACAGAACUGUCUAAUGAAGAGAAAGAUGGUCUGGCAGACAUUGUCAAGAAGCUGACGACAAAGUACGAUAAUCUCUUCAAGUGCUCCUUCCCGUACUCUAUGGGGUGGCAUGGGGCACCAACUGGUCCACGGCUGGAGAAUGAGGAGAAGCACUGGGUGUUUCAUGGCUGUUAUUACCCACCUCUGUUACGCUCAGCCACUGUUAAGAAGUUUAUGGUGGGCUAUGAGAUGCUGGCUCAGGCUCAACGUGACUUGACAGCAGAACAGGCUGCACAGAAAUUGCGAGACCUCUCUGAAAUUCAUUAUAAAAUCACAUAAUAAAAAAUUUUCAUGUUGUGCUGUACA